AAAGUAUUGUCGCGGACUGGCUGACAAGGAAGAGUUGCUUGUCACAAGGUACUUCGUAAACGAUGAUUCUAAUUAUAGGCCGCGACCGCCACCACGCGAAACGUCAAACAACAACAACUUUGAGCCGCAAAAAAACCUCUCACUUUGCAUACCAAAUUAGGACUUUGCCAGAUAUUGACGCAAUGACCAUCUUUUUUGGUAACAAACUGAAACAAAAGUCGUGGUUGAAGUUUUAUUUUCCCCUUUGUUCCUUGAAUCAUUCAUUAUUGAUUUCUAGUAUCUAGAAGAAAUUAUGCCUGGUUGAUGUUGCCAUUGACAAUCUACACCAAUCUCUCAUGUUUCCCCCUUUCGAUUUUCGGGUAACACCACCACCACCACCAACAACAACCUCCUAGAUACUCUGACUUGAACGCAAUUUCAAUUCCGAGUUCUUCACUUUCGAUACCUUUUGGUGGAUUUUCCAUGACAACAUACAAUGGAUCCUCUCAACAUGAGCCGCGACGUUCCGGUGAUGAAGGUACCAGAGUCGUUGAGGAUGAUGACGCCCAAGGCAACAACAACCAGGACACAGGCCUGGAGGAGAAGACGGUGCCGAUAAACCCAGAAACCGACUUAUAUUCCAAGGACGUGCCACUAGACACCUGUAAUAAUAAGCCUUCACUCGAAGAUAUGAUGAUCGAAAAGGACGAAAGAACAGUAUCUUCAUCGUCGCCAUGCCUUGUUACCACCACCACCGAUGAUAUCAACGCCAAUCUCGCCGUCGACGAUGUAUCAUUCAUGACCACCAACGCUCCACUGAAAUUCAUCCGACGAAAAUCAAAGCGCACAACGGGUCGACAACACUACGUGUCCGUCUCACACAACAACCUCCGCAACAGUCUUUUGCCCUUGGUCGGCUUCCUCGAAUUGGCAAAUGCAGGUGACUUUGCCGCCAACGUCUUCAACACGAUUCCAGUACCCACAUUCGCCGCGGUUUUGAUGGGAAUCGGAGGUUGUGUCGCUCUAUGUUUUUGUACCGUCGCAAUCUGGGAUGCACGUUUAAGUUUUGAAAACGUCAAGAUUCUGAGAAGAGAACGACAGACAUUACUAUCUCUUCGUCGCCAUAUCGAGCGGCAGCAGAAGACCACCACCAACGUCGACUUUGCUCCGUCAUCACAAAAUUUUGAUAUCAACACCGAAAAAUCCUCCUCUCCGACGCAACCAUUGAACCUUUUCCAUCACCACCACCACCUCGCCUUGUCGGUCUACCUGGAUGUCAACACUUUUGAAACCAGAACCGAACUGGUCGAUCGAUUAUUGAUGGACAUCACCAUGGGUUUUGGUGCCCUCCUCGUCGGUGUCGGCACACUCAUGGCCAUUGCCGGUGCCAACCACAAAAUUUUCUUAGCUUCCAAUUUAUUGUCUGGGUACAUCGGCAACGGACCUGCAGCUCUGUAUGGUCUGAUACGUGCAGUCUGGUCGAUGUACGUCUACAUUAGAACCACGAGACAUGAACGUGCGGUACGGAAAUCCGUCACGACCACCCUCACCACACCCGAAAUCACCCAGGCUCUACGUCAACGAUACACGCGACUCAAGUUUUAUGCCUUUCUUGCGGGUCCGACGAGUUUGGUGGCCGGUGCUGCAUCUUUGGUCACAGCCACCAUGUGGUGGGGUUAUACCAUGUUGGCACCUUGCAUCGUGCUCUCUUGGGUCUGUAACACUUUGUAUCGAAAAGAGAUCGGUUACACGAGACCUAUUGUACAGUUUCCCGCUAAUUUUGGGGACGAUGAGGAACAACAACAGGCAUCUACAACGGCGGCGGCGGCGACAGUCAUUGAUCGUAUGAUGACCAACAUGAAUGAGCAAGUGUUGUUGAAAGAAUUGAAUGAAGUUGUGGUGAUGAGGAAAAGUUUUGAAUUUGCCAAAAAGCAAACGUCAAAAACCACGAAAAGAAGAACCACGACAUUGGACAACACAAGUACAGCAACAACAACAACAACCACUACUACUACUACAACGAUAAUUAAUCCUGCGUCAUCGCCAUCGGUUACUUUUGGGAUUCUCACAAAAUUGAAUCUGGUCGAAACAUUCUUUCUCAACCUCACCACGUCGUUGUCGUUGUCGUCGUUGUCUGGUUCAUCGUCAUCACCACCCGGUAGUGAAGAACAAAAAUGGGCAAAAAGAAUACUUUUGUCUGAUGUAUCUUUUACAAUUGAAUCGAGAGUCGAGCCCACAUCGAGACCAUGUCGACCUGGGUCAAUAUCUCAUCAAGGACAGGAGUCAUCGCCCUCCUCUUCCUCUCCCUCCUCCUCCUCCUCCUCAUCAUCAUCAACGCCCCCACCUCCACCAUUUCCACCUUGGACACGAACCAUACAGUCAGGGUCAGAACCAGAAUUAGACUCGGAGCAAGAAUCACCUCCACCACCACCAUUUCGCGAGGUGGAACCAGAAGGUAUUACGAAUGUAGGAUACAACCAAGGAGGCACCGACACCAACAUCGACACCGAUGAUGACGACGACGACCGCCAAAACGAAGACGAAAAUGACCUUCCCGAUACGAUUACAAUUCACGACCCAAACUCUUUGCUCGCCGCCUCUCUCUUCCUAGCAUCUUCACGAGACAUUACCACCGAACGCCAACGACAACAACACCGACAUUUCCUUCUCGGAUUGGCCAACUCCACCGUGUCCAACCACGGCCUCUUGUCUGCAAAGUACCGUGAAAGGUACACCGUUGAGUACUUGGGGUGUUUGACGCAUCGACUUUGUCAAGGACGUUGAGAUUCGUAUUUUCCCCGUGCGGAGUGAUACGUUACCUACCAUACUUUUAUACCUAUUUUAUUCAAUGAUACGACAACACCAUCGUCUAGAUUUUUUUUUUACUCGGUUGCACAGGAAUAAAGACUGCUUAAAAUAAUUUAGACCAUAAGACGUCGUCGUCGUCGUCGUCAUCGUCGUUGACUUAUUAUUCUACUCUCAUCUGC